UUGUGGCGGAGUGUUGUUGAUCUUCACCUUCGCGGUCCGGUUUCUUGCGGUUUUCGUAUACGAUUUCAGUGCAUCGAUCAUUGCUCGAAUUGCAAUUUAUUUGCCGAAUUCACGUUUUUGCGAUUGUGCGCCCAACGUGGACGUGAGUGCAUUGGUUUUUUCUGUGACACCCAUAGUAUCUAUUGCAGGUGUGAUAUAAGGUGAUAGGAAAAGCAAAAGUUCGCCGUGAUUGUGUUUUGUUUACCACUUCCGCGCGAGUGUUAGUGUUCGUGAUCUUCGAGAGGUUUCUUAUCAGCCGAGUCCUGGUUACUUGUGACCGUGUGCAGUGUUGUAUCUUGAGGUGUAUCUUGGUUCCAAUAAGGAGUGAGGAAGAUAUUGGUCUCGUCUUACCUGUUCACAGUGUCCGGCUUUGAGUAUCAGGUGUGCUUUUGUGUUUGUGAGAAUCUCGUUCUUUUACCUGCUGGUGGUUGCGUGUGGUACAAAAGUGGUUCUGAGCCGCCUUUAUGGGUGUUUGUUUGGCUUCAAGUGGCUGAAAGGGUUCAAAAUAUCAUAAAUUUUAUGUGGACUUUCUGUGGAUUAACUGUCGUCUAGUCGCGGUUUAUCUGGUCAUCGUGUUACCGGCGCUCUUUUGGAUUACAAAAAACUGUCUUAUGUCACCAUUCUUCACGUGCGAUGCGUGCAGCAUUCUUUAUACUGAACAGCUGCGGUUCCGGGGUUCACCCGACAACCAGCAAAUGGACUACAAAGCACCAGCGUUCAGCCUUCUCUGUUCAUAAUAAAACGGAACGGUGAAAACUUUUCGUGAUAAUAUAAGAAAACACAUAACGAACGUAAAGUAGCCACUAACGAGGCCAGCGAUAUUUUCUACCCAGGAAGUCUCCUGGAGGCUAGAAGACGAGCAUCGAGCUCCCACAAGCUCCUCUGAAUGGGCGAAUAAACUCUUCCCGAGGAAAUGUCUGUUAUUGUCAGGAGAGAAGUAUAUUCAUAAAUUUCUUGUGAUAGUGCAAAACAAAGUGAAACAUUACAACAAAAUAACGAAAAGCCUCGUGAAAAAUGCCGGAGCGAGCAGACUCUCUAGUGUUCAACGUGCCGCGAAAUUUCAAAACAAAGCAUUCAAGACUGACGGUUCCCGGUGAAUGCAUUGCAUUAUUUCUAGACAGUCAGUACUCUUGCAAAACAGCGUAUAUCCAGACAUCUCCCACGAGGAUGUGCUUGGCGUAAACCCAGAAUAGAAUAGUAACGUGGAAAAGGAUUUAGGAAAGGAGCAUCAUUUGCAAUACUCGACGAACAAACGGACAAUUAUGUAUUUGCUGGAAAUGUUUACGACCUGUACACAUAGAUUUCGUAGCCUAGUUAGCUCCUGAAUAACGACGUCGGGACGUUUUCAAAGGGGAAUACCACCCCCGGCCCGCCAUCGUCAUUGUAACUUCUACAACUGGUCCUUUCAGUAUAAUAUGCAGCUUAUGACGUUUAAUUCGCUCCUAAUGUUUGAUAUAGUGUUUGUGUUCUUCCUGUUUUUGGUCGGAGUCACGUGUCUUGUCUACUACCUCCCCACAGGCGGAGGAGGUGCAAGCAAACAACAUAAUCAAUCACAUUCGCAUUCACAACAUCAUCACGAUCACGAGAGCGCCGGGGAAUCUGUCAACUGUAGAUACGAGCGUCAUAAAUUCCAUUUGUGUCCUCACCACAGACUCACUCAACUUCAUCAGCUGCGCUACAAUCCCCAGUCAGCUGACAUAGACACAGAAGGGACGGAAACAGAGACUGAAUCCGAAGCGACUUGUUAUCCAGAUCGAAUCCGGAAUCAGGAUCGGGAGCGCGAGAUUCCAGAGCAUCUUCUGACACCUUUGCGUCCUUGUCGUUGCAGCUUAUCCGCAGGCUGCUCAGUUUGUACGUAUCCCGUCAAUCGUGAAGGAGAUUGUGUUCUUACUUUGGAUGAGGAGGGUGCUGCUUCCAGUUCCACGGUAGACUUGCGGCUACUAGAACGUCAUCCUACUCCUCAUCACCGUUAUUGCCAUCGACACAGUAUACAAACCGAUAGGUGCCUGCAUUAUAUCGAAGACGACGAUCCUGAUAACGACAGUAGUGAUGACAUUUUCUAUUGCAACGAGGAUAAUUCUUCGGCAAUGGGAGUAAGUAGCUUCGGAGAAAUCCUUGGCUCAGUUGCCCCAUCCGUUUCACCUAUAUUCGAACACGUAGUUAUCAAUGAGACUGAAAAUGGUGUUGCCUCUCCUUGCUCCGCAUCCCACACCGCACCGCAGUGCUGCUACAUUAAGGCCAAGUUUAUGGAUGUAAAGGAAUGUGUAGGACCAAUUGCUGAUGUAUAGAACUCAACGGACAAGUCAGUAUCCUUGGAAGAGUUUUUCAGAUUUGCGAUCGACCGUUAAAUGUUGCUAUAGACUCACAGAUUAGAAAUGUAUCAACGAUCAGACGAAACUACAAAACCAAAAAUCAGCACAAAUAUGGUCAAUUUGUCACCAAAGAAUUCACCAGCCUCUGAAGCAACUGCACCAGCAAUAAACGACAACAAUUACAAUGAUAGUAAUAGCAACGGCAACCCUAAUACCGUCAUCAAUAAUAACAAUAUAAUCGAUAGUGUUAGUGCUAGUAAUAGUAAUAAUCUUGUUAAAAUCAAUCAAAUUAGUAAUGAAAAUCGAAAUCAAAACGUAAACGCGAUUGCAAAAGUAGAAAAUUAUCGACCCACCUACGGUGCCUAUUUAACUAAUAUUUUGCCUAGGGGGCCUUACCUACAAUAUAAAUUUAAUGAUCACCAGCAUCAGCAACAUCAACAGCAACAGCCAAUAAUAAAGUCACAUUUCAAUGAGAAUGACAAUAACGAACAUUUAAACCACCAUCAGCAUCUGAACCACUUCACACAUCACGAACAUCAGCAAGUUCAAGUGAAUCCGAUAAAUCAUCAUCGAGACCAUCAAUUAGAAGCUGUCCCGGUCUCCAAGGACUUUCGUUCAUUACCACACGCCGCUAAUGCAAAUCCUGUCAUCGGCAACAAUCCAUUAUCGAAUUACCAUCAUAGUUAUCACAAUCAGUGUCCUUCGGUAGCAUUAGGACCUAGUGGAGGCAAUAUGGCCAGCGUGGCGCCAGGCUCAGUAGGCAAUCUGGUUAGCAAGUCAACCACCUUUGGCAGCAGCGCAGCAUCUCCAACGCACAAUAUAUACAGCAGUCAGCACUACAUGACGAAUGCGAAUGUGAAUGCCGACCAGUGGAAUCCAAUUUAUCAUCCUGAACAAAGCCGAUCUGCGAAAACUUCCAGCAAUCCAUCUCUGCAGAAUACCAACUCAGCCUCUGGGCCCGGAUCCGCAUACCCAAUUGCGUGCAAUGUCAAUCGACCUGAAAUUAGCGCCGCCAGCAACGGAUUCCACGCAAAGGGAAAAGCCGACAAGCUGCUCCCUGCAAAAGGAUAUCAAACGCUACCACAUAAAUUGCGAAGCGGUCAAGGUGGCAGCGGUGGUGGCGGCAGCCGGGAUACCAACUAUCUACUACAACGAAACCUCCACGAGGAUAUUAAAUCAAACCAGAUGCACGUUAAAACCUACAGUGCGGUACCAUCUGGUUCGUCUGGCACCAGUGACUUUCUGCAACAGAUAAAACAGAAAAAUUCUAAUAUGCUGGCUCGCAUGUCGGCCACAUUAGCCAAAAAUUAUGGCAGGGCAUUGUCACAGCAGGAAAUUAGAUAUCCUUUAACUGGACGAGUUAAUAGUGAGCCUGGCGGCAUGUCCACUCAGCUCAGUCGCUCUACAAAUGCCCUGACGAGCCAGACUAAUUGUGUUACUCUGGACGAUGUUAUAAGAUUGAAGCCCGGUGGAUUAAGUGAAUAUGAAGGAUGGGCACUGUUAUGUCAAGCAGUACAAGCACUUCAGGAUUUAUUUUUGACUGAUACCCCGUCAACACUAAGGAUCCUGCCACUCGUCCGACCAUCGACAAUACAAAUCACCUCACGUGGACGUGUCGUUUUCAUCGUGACGACAACGCUCGGAACAGCAUCGCUUGGUCAACUGGACAAAUUUAAUGACGUGGACGCUUCCCCGUGCCACGAUAUCACAGCCCAUUUGGCGCCGGAGUUCCUGAGUACCAUCGACAAAAAAGUGGCUUUUGCUGAAUCAGAUAUCGAAAAGAUGUGGAUUUACUCAUUGGGCAUAACACUACGGAAGAUCAUAAGGGGCCAGCAGAAUCGCAAGGGCGAGCCGGGAGCACUGUCAUAUGACAAUGGCUCGGAAACGGCAAUUAAUUCGAAAAUUAUGUCAAUUGCAAGAAGCACUUACCAAAAUCAUGGCCAUUGCAACCAGUGUGAAGUCAAAGAGAAUGGCCUGACCAACAAUAGCGAAAGUGGGAACAGUGCAGCCAGCUUGAAUCCCUAUUGCACGUACAACAGCUACCAGUGCGCUCUGGAUAUCAGCCUUGAUCAGGUGCUAGGAUGCAUGUGUGAACGUAAUCUUCAUCAGAGGGCCAGCUUAAUGUAUUUACUUGACGUGAUUUCUACCUUCUGCCGAAAUCAGCAACAGGUGAAACCAUUUUCACACAUUGUCAUGGAAUUGUUUGCUGACGUUACUGCCGCCCCUGAACGGGAUAACGAAGACUUAGCCAAACAUACGCUAAAACCAGUUGCCGCGCCAGCAGAUGGUUCAAGGAGCGAAACCGAUUCUGGACGGAGUUCAGCACAUGGUGACAAAGAUUCAGACUGCUAUGGUCAAUAUGAUUGUCAGAACCAAGCACUACAAACAGCAGAUCUGAAUUACGAUCAAAUGAAUCAGCAGAAUUUGCGAGUGAUACGCAACCGCCCAACAGAGAACACUGAAUACCAGAAAUUCGGAACAAUUGGAUAUGCGGGCGUGAAAACGCUUCUAAUGCAAAAGAAAGAAGGAGUGAGAGCACCUGCUCUUCAGGUAGUACGAAGAAACAAGGAGGGUGUCCUCAGGAGAAGGAAUAGCUUCCGCAGAAAUACCAUUGAUAUCAACUUAUUUGACCUGGAAAAAGCUCGCCAAGAGAAUUUCCAAAUGGAGGAGAAGAACGAUUUGAAUAAAUCUAAAUCAACGAAUUGCAUUGAUCGGAUUGACGACGAAAUUGUCGGUGGAGGCUUGAAAAAGAUUAAGAAUGAUGCAGCAAGGAGGAUGGAAGGAUUGUCAAUGCCGGAUUUGAAUGUACAUAAAAUCACAACGUUACCAAAUAGUCGCCCAAAGAAUUAUCGUUUGAAAAGUUUCGAGGCUCUAACCAAAGCCUAUUCCGAGAGUAGUUUUUGGAUUAAACCUAAUGGACCGGAAUUCAUAGUGAAAUCGAGCUUGCCAUCGAGGGAGAUUGAAUUAGUGGAAUCGAAGUGCCAACAUCGAAGGGUUGUAAGCGUUCUGCUGCUGAACGGCCAAAGUUUGCACAUUUCAUGCAACUCACUCAACACAACUGCUCAGCAAAUAUUUGAAGCUGUUAUAAAGUCGGAGAACUACGUUGAAAACUUCUUUAUUGGAUUGUGUGCAUUGAUUGGUGGUGAUUUUGUAUUUUUGCCAAAGGACUUGAAAAUUUACAAGGUUGCGCCUCAAAUAUGGGUGAAUGUAUCGAAAAGGACGAAUAAUAUUGAUAACGUGUUCUUCACUCUAUUCCUGAGGAUAAAGUUCUUCUUACCAACUUUGCGGGGCAUCAGUUCCCUUGAAUCACGCCAUAUGUUAUAUUUGCAACUGAGAAAAAGUGUUCUGGAGAAACACAUUCUUUGCACAGAUGAUGAUUUAAUCAUGCUUGGAGGCUUAGCUUUACAAGCUGAAGUUGGAGAUUUUAAAGAAAGUAUGAAAUACAGCGACUACUUUACGAUUUCACAUUAUCUACCCGAGGGUGUAUACCAGCGAAACAAAGAGAUGGCGAAAUAUCUGAGAAAUUCGCAUUACUGCCGUCAUGGUUUGCACCCCAAAGAAGCAGAACAAAAUUUCAUCAAGUACGUCCAGGAUAUGAAGGAGUACGGGUUUCACUUGUACAGUGCCGUUUGGACCACCGACGAAUCAAUACUGGUUGACGUGUACGUGGGAAUCUCUUUAGGCGGAAUUGCAUUGUUUGAACGUGAUCGUCAGCCGCAGGCAAAUCCUUCAACCAACUCCAAAACUUCUUACCAAAGAAAACUCUAUAUGAGCUUCGAAUGGCUCGAAAUUGAAAAUUUAUGUUUCUCAAAGCAUAUUCUCUGCAUCGUUGUACGAAAAACGGAAAGUCUGAAAGCAAAAGACAAUAAUAGGAUAAAAUAUAAGCUAAAGAUGGAUGGAAGAAAAAGUUACUUCGCAUUUAGUCUGGCAUCGGAACAUCAUCAAUUCUACAUGAAGCUAAGAAACUCAUUUAUAUCCUUAAAAACUUUAUCGGAUAAAUUAAAUAUUCCAAUUGCAUCGACAACGCCGACAAAGUCGUCGGGUUCCGGGGCCUGUGAUGAGGAACGCCAAUUUAAUGGAGUCGAAAGUAAUAGCAUGAAGGGCAUGCUCGAGAACCACAAUAAUAUGGCUGUUGGGCGACAGGAUGCGGAGAUGAAGCCCAACAAUGGCAAGGAUGAUUUCGAAGCAGACGUCAAUCGUGCAAACAUGGCAAAUGGGAUUGGAGGGGGUGGUAUCAGUUCCGGCAUUCAGGAAAAUAUCAAGAAAAUUGAUAAACAAUUGAAGGCUAGUGGACUACGUGUCAGAAAUUUAAAGAAAUCUAUGUUGAACGACAAUAGAUUGAUUAAGCUGAAGCAACGUUUUUUGCGACGUUCCAAAUCCACCGUUGGGUCGUGCUCAUCAAACGAGAAUGGUAGUCACGAAAACGACAGUAAAAAGUCCUGCAAACGGACGGAAAAAAGCAAUAAUUUUCCGGUUGUCGAGGACAAUGACAGGAACAAUUGCGGUCGCAGCAAAGAAGAGAAUCAGAAUAAAGAGAAUGAAUGUCCUAAAGUUCGUCAGUUGAAUGAUCUCGAACCGAAAAUCUAUAGUCCGAACCGGAAUCGAGUGAAGAUGGGAACACGAGUCUUCUCCACGCAAUUUUUAAACAAGUCCUACGACAAUAUUUAUGAUAGGACGCUGAAUUUAUAUCGUUUCGAAUCGAAUAAUUCAAUUAAUAACGAUGUGAUGGAGAACAAUUUGGAGAUAUUCAAGUUUAGUGGUGCAGAUGAUGGAUUGUCUGUGCGAAGUGCUAGUUUGAAUUCCUUAUACUGUUCGGAGAAGAAGCUAAAUCGAUAUUCAGAUUCGCCGCCUACAAACGACGCCUAUGUGAUACAUUCAAGCAUAAAGAGCGAAAAGGACAUCAACACUCUGUACAAUAACUUCUGCCUGCCAAACGAAACGAUUUCGGAAUCCUUAAUGGAAAAAUUCAACAACAUUUCAGGCAACAAUACGGUGACGGACCGUAUAAUAGCAAAAGUGACGGUGGUGAAGGAACGUCUUAAUAAAAAUCAGAAUCAGAAUCAACAACACAAUCACCUCAGCUAUAAUUCGCAUCUUAAUAAGAAAAAUGAUUUAAUUUCCAACGAGCCGGGAAUGAGGUAUUAUGGGAUCAACUUCGGGACUCCUGCAAAUGCCAGCAACAACAGCAACAUAAAAUAUGCCACAUUCAAUCAGAAAAUGGCAAAGGAAUAUUCGGAUUGCGUAAAUAAUCGAAAUGUCGAAGCGAAUAAUAUCAAAGAGAAUUCAGAAUAUUCUAAGGCUCUAUGGCAUCUCUCCCGGAGUCAAGAAUCAAUUUUCAUUAAUAAUAAAUUUCCGGUGAGAAAUGAAUGUUUGGCUGUAAAUCAGGACACAACGAACAGCAGCUCCUGCAGCAGCAGAUCCGACUACAAUGCGAAGGUACCAGAAGGGACCAGGCACGGAGGGGGUGGCGAAGCGAAUGAAUUUACUUUGGGGAUUAGUAUCGUGCAGGGCUCUGAUAAUAACGUCUACGUCAAGGAUCUGGUGAAAAAUGGUCCGGCCGAGAAGGGCGGAAUACGAAUUGGCGAUCAGAUAAUUGCUGUUAAUGGAAUCUCCCUCCUGAAUCUCUCCUACGCGGAAUCCCUUCGCCUCCUUCAAAAUACCGGACUCAUUGUGGAAUUACAAGUUUCGCAAAUUUUCAAUAAGAACUUAAAUUCAUCAAGACAUUCACCGACGGCGCCAACAACAAAAUCCCAAAAGGAUAACGAGAAUCUAGUUGUAAGUCGUGGAUCCGUCUCAUCCCCGACAACGAGACCUAACUAUGCAAAUAACGAAAGAAGAAAUCUAAACAGCGUCGUAACAAAUCAUUGUGAUGAAUAUUUAAAAUGUCUCGAAAGGGAGCCAGAGGAGGUUGCGAAGAGAAGAAAACAGGAAGCUCGUGUCCUGCUGUGCCAGGACGAUAUGAAUGAGAUGAAAGCGAGCCGACAGAAUGCAGAGCAUCUUGUCGAGGGAAUUGGAAAGCGGAGCAUGAAGCGAAUAGGCUCAUUUGAGAUCGCUGGCGAUAAUAUACGACCGACGCGGGACAAAUUUAAAUCGCCAAGAAACGUGAAUGGAAAUUUAUGUGCUCUAUCUCCGGCAAAAAGCAUGCCAGAUUUGCCAAAGGUUGUUGCCAUAAUCCCCAAACCAGACCAAUUUGCUGAAGAAAACAACGAAAGGAAGAGACGAGUAGCCCGAACUGCUUCGCAGUCCCGGAAGUACUUAGGUCCGGUGCGUUACCCUGUGACACCAAUUAAAACCAUCCUCUCACCAAUUCGCCAUCAGCUAUCUCUCCUAGCCGAUUCAGAUGAUGAACAGACAUAUUUCCUUUCGUCAAUGUACCAUUCAUUAAUAGCACUUCAAUCUCAGAUAUAUUUUCUGGUUGUCUAACAUGCCAGCCAUUCGGAAAAUUGAAAAGGCGAUCAGUCGAUGACUGCAGUAAACCCUCGCGUGAAAUCAACACAAUUUCAUCUCUAGUGGAAAAAUUUACAGUUGUCUACGAUGGGAAAAAUGGACAGAAUGACACCACCUCCGACUACA